CCCCUUUGCCCUGAGGAAUCUCAUCGCCCCUUCUGCAAACUAAUUUUGGCACCAAGGCGGCUGCUCCAGAGAGCGAGCAUCAUCAGGUCCGAAGAGACCAUUCAUUCUCAAAAGCCACCUGGUGUCAACAAGGCAGUCUUGGAAAAGAUCCAGAAAUGUCUCGAUCGCGCUUACCAUGCCAAUGCGUCGGAAUCCGAGGCCAAGACCGCUCUCUUCAUCUCUCAGCGACUCAUGAAGGAGCACAGCGUCACCCAGGCCGAUCUGAUGACCAACGACAAGGGAAGCAGCAAAUCACGCUACGACAGCGAGAGUAAUGUUCGGGUUGACAAAGUCGCAGGUGUGUCCAACAAGAUAAAACUAGAGACCUUUGCGAUGAACCUGUCCUGGGCUAUGUGUGUCUUCUUCGACUGCCAGUACUUCACAACUCACAUGGAUACUCAUAUCAUAUUGACUUUCUAUGGAAUCGCAGAGAGCGCCAUGGCGGCUGCGAGUGCUUUCGAAAUGACACACAACUUUGUCGCGGAGUGGGCGUGUGCCUACAAAGGUGGGGCCCCGAGUUUAAGCUACUCUCUCGGUGUGGCAGACGGGUUGGUAGCCAUGGCGAAUCUUGAAAAGGAGCGAGAGCUGGAAGGUGUUCGACUCAAGAGAUUGGAGUUCAAGGCGGCUGAGCGAAGCAACCAGUCGUCUCGAGAGCUCUCGAGCUCAGAGAGAGGGAUAACAACUCCAUUGACACAUCUUCAUGAUGUUCUCAAUGCUGUGCUUGAUCGCAUCGCUUUGAGCAAUCAUGAAGAUUCGGGAAGCGACUGUGGCGGCCACGGCGUAACCGACUUUAGAGUAGAGGACGCCAGAAACAUCAGAUUCGAAGAGGUUGAUGCGACGAUUGAUAGGCUUUGGAUUCAUCAGCUCUCACCCCUGUCCCCUUGGCAACAACAGCCAGCCACAGAGGCAGAGGUCAAGACCAAGAACCAAUCUCCGACUCCUGCGCCGUCAUUGUGGAAGUCUGAACGGCAACUAGUUCAAUUUCGCGCAAAUUCAGAGCGAGUCGCAGAUGACUAUCUCAAGGAACGAAAAAUCACGCUCUCAAACGGAAAAAGAAAGAGACCAAUGAUUCGAGAUCAUGAUGCAUAUGGUCAAGGUCGGAAGGACAGCGGGAAGGUCAAUGUCAGGGAAGGAACUUGGCAGUAG